GUGAAAGUUUAACUGAGCUAUUAAGAUUGCUCUCAUCAUUAUAUAUUUUAUUUUAAGAAGAAAAAGAGAUAAAUACUAAAUUUAUAGUGCACAUAUUUAUAAGCUAUAAAAGGGCAGAGAAACUCAUGUAAUGCUACUAAAAUACAGCUUUGUAACAUAUCAUUUGAGAGAUAGAGAGGAAAAAUGAGCCUUGAAGGGAAGUUGGUUUCUGAGAUAAACAUCAAGUCAGAUGGAGAUGUGUUUCAUGAGAUUUUUAGGUAUAGACCACAUCAUAUCUCAAGUAUGUCUCCUGGUAAGAUACAAAAUGUGGACAUUCAUGAAGGUGAAUGGGGUACUGUUGGCUCUGUCAUAUUUUGGAAUUUCAUCCAUGAUGGGAAGGAGAAGGUAGCAAAGGAGGUCAUUGAGGAAAUAGAUGAAGAAAAGAAGUUAGUCAAAUUCAAAGUGAUUGGAGGAGAUGUAUUGGAAGCUUACAAAUCAUUUUACCUUACUGUCCAUGUUGAAACAAAGGGUGAAGACAAUUUGGUUACUUGGAUUUUGGAAUAUGAGAAGUUGAAUCCUGAUAUACCAGAUCCACACACAUUAAUGGAUUUCUGUCUCAAUGUUACAAAGGAUAUUGAGAAACAUCACCUAACAGGAAAGUUAGUUUCUGAGAUAAAUAUUAAGUCUGAUGGGGAUGUGUUUCAUGAGAUUUUUAGGUACAGACCACACCAUAUCUCAAGUAUGUCUCCUGAUAAGAUACAAAAUGUGGACAUUCAUGAAGGUGAAUGGGGUACUGUUGGCUCUGUUAUCUUUUGGAACUUCACCCAUGAUGGGAAAGAGAAAGUUUCAAAGGAGAUAAUUGAAGAAAUAGAUGAAGAAAAGAAGCUGGUUAAAUUCAAGGUGAUUGGCGGAGAUAUGUUGGAAGCGUACAACUCAUUUUACCUCACUGUUCAUGUUGAAACAAAGGGUGAAGACGACCACUUAGUUACUUGGAUUUUGGAAUAUGAAAAAAAGCAUGCAAAUGUGCCAGAUCCACACACUUUAAUGGAUUUCUGCCUCAAUGUCACCAAAGACAUUGAGACUCACCAUCUCAAGUGAUACAUAACAUAACAUAUGUGCCUUAGCUUGGACCCUUCGAAACAUAUGUUGAUGAGUGUGUCUGUGUUGAAUCCUCUAAAAAUAGUGAACCAAAUAUUUGCUUGGAAUUAUAUAUGUUGUUGUCUCAAGUCUUGUAAUAACGUGUGUGUUCUUAUUAAUGGGUGUGCUUUGAAAUGUCUACUCUAUGUAGCAAGAAUAAAAAAAAAAUGGAAAAUGGAAAAUGGAAAAGGAAUGAAUAUGUAAUUUCUAAUUUCGCUGUGGAUUGAAAAACAGUUUGUAUAUAUUUCUGUUGAAAAUAUUAAGGCUUGUGCUUAAAGCA